CGGUUCCCCGGAGCACGUGAAGGUUCGAAGGGUGGAACGCGUGGCGGGACAGUAGGAAAAGAGAAUGACGAGUCCGGAACGUCGGGAAGGCAGCGCAGGAGCAGGAACAGGAGCAGGGGAUUCUCGUUCCGGUGGUUGCCAGCCGUCAGGAGUUCAGUCGGUGUCGGUCCCGAAACGCGUUCACGUGCCAACAUCCCCUGGGAUGAUGUUUAGGAUGGCAAGUGAUAUGUAUAUUUGAUAGGACAGUCUAAUUUGUGGGAGACCAAUUUCUGGCUUCUAAAUUCGGCAUGAACGAAAUCGUAAACGGAUAGAUUAGAGCAUACUUCGGUCGACUUCGGUUUUUCGCCAGGCUUGUGCUUCUACGUAGUAGUAAGGCUUUCGAGAUUCUGAGCUUCGAAGCUUUACACCUUUCACCUUUCACCUUUCACCUUUCACCUUUCACCGAUUACGGAUAAAAGAAGAUCUCUCGUCCUCUCGCUUUACUCGCGGCUCUGCCAAAUGUUUUUCCUGCAAACAGAACGGCGCGAAGAAUCGAAGCUCUCACCUUAAAGCCGGAGAACCAAGGAGGAAACAUGGGAAAGGGCGAUAAGAGAGGUAUCGCCCAGCGCAGCGACGCUAGCACGAACCUCGUGGGCAAAUUCACUCAGAGCGUCAGGAGAAUCGUACAGGAUGUCAAGGACGAGGGCACCUCGAGUGGACAAACCAAGGAAGAGGUCAUAGAGACCAACGAGAGGCUUAGAGCAGUGAGGAUACGAUUGGACGGAAGUUACGACACCGCGAAACGCGCCCUCGUGGGUCUCAUGUGCAAAUACACGGACAGCAAACAAGUGCGCAACGUCUUUCAACGGUACAACAUCCUAAAAGUCAUGAUCAAGGACGUGAUAAAACUCGAGACUCAGUACUGGAUCCUGGUGGAUAUUCCGCGUCAGGAUAAGCACGAGACGGUGCCGGCUUUCGUUCUCAGAGCUUGCGCCAUUAUGGAGAAAACGCACAAGAGCGGCGAAGGGGUGAAGACCUCCGCGCGACUUGCCGAGGAAGCGGAAAACAAACGGGAGCGGAUCGAAAGACUCGAAAAUAUGAUAACGGCUCAGAUCGAGGCAGAAAAUACACAGAUGACGAAUGAUCUCUACAGACUGCUCAAAAAAUACUCAGGAUUAAGGAAUCUGAUAAGAGACCUCAAAGAGGAGUACAACAGCUCGAAGGUCUACCCGAUGUUUCCACGUUACACCAUCCUCAAGGACAUGAUAAAGGACAUUAUGCAUAACCCAGACUACAUGGAGGUCUGCCACGAGGUGGACCAAGCAUAGCGACCAGACCCCCUCCAUCGUUCCCCACGUAUGACCUUGUAAGCUCGCCCGAGGCUUGAGCUUGCGCCGUCCACGUGCUGAGAACGACGAAGGGGGUGUCGUUUGUCUCCGUUCUAUUGAAAAUUUAUAAAUUUUCCGAAAUUCCGCCGAAGAUAUGAACUACCGUUGUUCCCGGGAAGGGUCGUCGUCGCUUCGUUAGUCUUUAGUCUUUUAUUAAUUAUUCUCACCGAUAAUUCUCAUAGUUGCUCCUAAUGGACUCGACUUCGCCGUUUGUAAACGCGACACGAUCUCUGGACUUCCACGAAGAUCUUUUGGGUCUCAGGUGCUGAUCCAUAUUGUUUUUUUUUAGCAUAUCGCGGAUUCGAUUGAAUACAGUAACUUUGCGGGAGUAUUGUUUUUCGAAAUCGUUACCGUUUGUUGUUUCUGAUUUUAAUCGGAAUAGCCGCCUGCACGUCGAGACACAAACUAGCGUUAACGUAAUAAUCAAACGUCAUAUGUAUUUUGUAGCGCGUGCUCGUAAGUCAUACUUUUAAAUGAAAAAUCGACGAUUUCGCAGCGUCUUCAUUAAGAUACGUGUGCGUGCGCGCGCGCGCCAAAGUUGCCAGUAAUAGAGUAAUUACGUAUCGAACGCGUAUGCAGAGAGAAAUUUACGAUUUUACGCUGAACGUUAUUUAUCUGCGAGUCUCGUGUCAAAUCGUACAGAUUUCAUUUUUAUCGAAUUUAUUACUUUAUCCAUAAAUAUUUUUUUUACGCAAGGCGUUAUUCAAGUAUAUAUAUGUUGGGACGUCAUAACGAGAGAAUGCACUGGCAUUUGAUAAUUUACAUAUCGUGGUAAAUACAUUCAUAUAUAUAAUACAUAUAAUAGAUACAUGAGUAUUCUGUUCGAUACAAUCUGCAAGUAACAAAGUAUCGUGAGUUAUAAAGUCAAUGAGUUUUCAUAUGGAAAUUCGAAGGUUAUCAAAAGUGCUAUGAGCACUCGCGUGAGGAUACCCAUGGUAGGUUAAUUAAACAUAGACAUUGAAUAUUAAUCGUGCAAUUCAAAUUAUAAAUUCAUAAUAGUAAAAUAGUGAGAAAUUUACAAAAAAAAAAAGAAAAAAAAUGAAAACGAUGCUUCGACGUAACGAGGCGACCAAUCAAAUUUUUCGGAAGAAAAAGAUAAAAGAAUUCCAAAAAAUAGAGACACCUGUAUUUUGUUCUCUUUUUGUGACGUAUGUAUCCGCGCGCACGUGUAUAAUAUCUGCGAGCGGAGUGUGUGUGCGUGAGCAUAUGUUAUAGUUCGAAAUAAAAUCCCGAGUACAAAUUAUUUGGUAUGUAGUUGACCGUUCAAAUGUAUAGAUAUAGGUAUAGCCCACGUGACUGUCCCAUGCUAAGAGUGUAUUUUGGAAAUGCGUCAGCGAAAGGCACAGGUAUAGCUUAGAGCUAAGAUUACGGCAUAUAGCAAGUUGCGCAAAUGGCCAAAGUAUUUCCAUAGUAUGUUUAUACUUAAAUUUAUGCUUCUUAGUGACCAACCGCAGAUCGACUGCAUACCAAAUAAUUGAGACUUGGAAUUUUUAAUCGAAUGGAUAUUAAGCCUAAGAUUAUUAAGAUAUAUACCUACCGAUAGCAUAUAAAUAGCAUAUCGAAAUGGCUGACAGCCCGAAAUCAAAAUACAAAAUAAACGUUUGUCCAGGACAUUAAUAAUGUGAUGCUACUGGUUUUACACCUUGGGCGCCAUUUUAAUGUCCGGCAACGAUUAGUUCACUGUGUCUCCCCCCUCUAACUACCUUAACUGUUCUAUGGCAUAUAAAUAUAUUAAAGAAACUGUCAAUAAUGACCUACCGCAAGAACCAUGGAAAAUACCUAAUCGAAAGAUAUAUAUAUAUAUAUAUAUUUCGUAGAGAGACUCGUUACGGAUGGCAAUCUCGAUACUGUCAAUAUUGAAUAACUAAUUGGCAAUCGCUGUCGAUUCUCAAGAUUGACAGGUUGACAGUGAGCUGUAUCUGCGAGCGGCUCGACUAGACACUUUUUAAAGUCUUUUCUCAAUGUUGGUUGUGAGUGUUUAGCUUCAUUCAUAACGAUGAUAAAUAUUUCGAUUAGAAUUAUUAUUGAAAUAUAGAAAUAUUACACAUAGUCAAAAUCGCAAGCAGAGCUACCGUAUCGACUACUAUUAUAUUAACGAACAAAUAAUCCAUAUCAAAAUGUUACUGCGCACGUUUAUUUCAAAAGACAAAUUGAUUUUGCGAAUAUAUCGUAGAUUCGUAAUUUCGCGAAAAAUCAAGAGUCCCAACAGUUUAACCUCCUUCGAGGGAACGGUGGUAACGAAAAAAAAAAAAAAAAAAAAAAAAAAAAAAAUAAUCAGAGACAAACUUAAUAAAGUAUUUUGAAAAGAAAUGUAUUUUUGUUUCGUAACACGUAAAUGCUACCUGCGGUAUAGUAUAUUGUAGCUCGCGAAAUGGCUAUAAUAGUGGCGCACUAAUAUCUUUCUGCGAAUUUGUCUACUAAACCGAUACUGAGUCCGCGCACCCGCGACGAGUAUUUAAGUGUAACGUAGAGAAGGUUCGCGUACGAGAGAAUCUACCUAUACUCAAUGCAAUGACCUUGAAUUGAAAAAACAUAGCCAGUGUGCUCGCCUUUUCGAAAAACUAGGAGAGUGCCAAAUAGAUUUGAAAGUUUAUACGUGGCGUGUGUCUCUGUGUGUACUCGUGCGUUUAUGCGUUUUUUGCUGCGCGCUAAUUUCUAUUAUUAAGGACGAACAAGAGUCCUUAUUUGAAUUUAUAUCGUACGCAUGGUAAUUUAAGGGAGCCUCGCAGGCUGGAAUGACCUAUGGGGGACGAUCGAAGGGUGGCGGAAAAUUAAGAAAAAUUACACAGUGAAUAUUCCGAAGAAUAUUGAGAGUAUAAAUUGACAGUGUCCCGUCAUACCGGCGUGCACGGCUGAUUACUUAAUUACGUAUAUUGAUGUCAGAUAUGAGAGAUCUACCUAAUGUGUUUAAAGAGUGUGUAUAGGUAUGCUGAAUAAUAGGGUAACGUGCAGUGUAACUAUCGUUAAGUAUGUGUAGCAUGUGCAUACUCAAUUUUACGUAAUAUCGCCAAAAGUAUUUCGAUCGGAUCGGAAUAGCGUUUCGUAAUUCCUGAAUUUCUGAUUUUUUUUUUUAUUGCCAAUUAACUAAACCCGGAAAUUCUCGAAAAGAUCUUGUUUCCGUGAAUUCGUUGUAUUUUUGCAGAAAAAAAAAAAAAAGAAGAACAAACAUACUUUUGGCAAGAUAUUACGGAAUCGAGAGAGAUCUCCACAAAAGAGACGCAGCCUUUAAUUAAACGUAUAUAGUAAUUAAGGUAAUGCUAAUCAAGAAUCAGGGAAGAGUGAAAUGACUCUUUGCGAGGAGUAAAAAAAAAAAGGUUUUUCCUUUUCAUCUUUUAAUUAUCACUCUUCGCCCAUAUCGGUAAACAAAGAUCAUAUAUCUCACGUGUACAACAGUAUAUGCGUUUUUAAUCCCUCGAGUGAAAAUCGACCAAUCUCUUUGUCUAUAAUCGUUAAGCAUCUCUAACUUGUUCACUCAUUGACCUGUCACUCGAUUGCGAAAUUAUAAUUAAUGUUCUAGUUGCCAUUUGUCUAAAUAUCUCGCUUUCUCUAAGCCUAAGCUGCGCUUGCGCAAGUGGAGCUGUUUUACCAAACAGAAUAAUCAAGAAUGCUCAUUACGUAAUGAGACACUUACAAUUAGUAAUUCGGCAUUUCGCCAUCUCCGGCCCACCGUAAAGUAAUAAGCGCGCGAGGACUUUUGGUUAAUGAAAAGUACAAGGGCCAACUUUUCAUUUGACUUCCUUUGACUCGCCUCUACUUUCCACGUGGGGAAUUUGCCGAAAGAUUUUAUUCACGUGAAAACGAUACAUUUCGCUGAUCCGUUACGUCACUACACACGUACCACUUUAUUAGUCCAGCCAGCAGCUUUGUCUACUUGCACUUGAGUCGUGCGAUUUAAUGAAUCUUCAACCGCUUGGAAGUUGGCUAGCGCGUUUACCUCUAGCUCCUGUAGAAACUUGGCCAAAUGCAAUGUAAAAUACCUUGUUGUCAAGUUUGUACGUUCGUUAAGGGCAGACUGGGAAAUCCACUGGUUUGCAUUGGAAAGUGUAUGUAUGUACGUACGUACGUAUGUACGUACAACUGCCACCUUCUUUCAGCUAGUUCGAAUGCUUCGUUAUGCUCGAAAGGUUUGGGUUUCAUUUUCUGGUUUAAUCAAGGAAACAAUGGGAACGAACGACACGAGACAAUUGCAUUGUUUUAAGGGGCGCUGAAUAAUUUCUGAAUCGUAUGAUUAACGCGGCCAUUGCCAUUAUCUCAGAAACUUCAUUCGGAUUUCUCAGUUUCACCAGAACGCGUUGAUGUCCGAAGAAGCGUUUAAUAAUAAAAAUUAGUUGUUAGUUGACACGCUAGAUUAGAAAACAGAUGAUAACGAUUGCUAGGUGUGUUUAUAGUGUUGUAUUAGCAUUUACACCGCGCGUCGAUGCGUUUCGUAUGAUUUCCUCUGGCUGAGGUUAGUGCGUAGGCGAUAUGCGUUAGACAUUAGACCGGACAUUAUAGAUAUUAGUCAAAAUAAGUUUGACCGAAAGUGUAUGCUGCAAUAACAAUUGGAUGUAUCGUUCGGAUUUUCUUUUGACAUGUCUUUGUAAUAUCGAAAGAGGCAUUGCUCGUUUAUUGACUGUUACGCUUUGUUAAUAAAAUAUUGCAAAAUUUUA